CAGCCCACGGAGAGAUUUCGCUUGGUUCUCGGAGGGGCCCCAGUGUGUGCUGAGGGCCGAGGGCGUGGGCGUGAGGGAAGGAGGGGCUGAGUGGGCGGCGGGCCCACCCCUUUAUUCGUGGCCUGCGGCUGGGCUGAGCGUGACCAGAUGUGUUGGUAACAGGUCGCUACUCUGAGGUGCAGGCAGGAGACAAGCGCUGCAGCUGUCGGAACAGAAACAGCGUCCCCCGGCUGUGCUCAGCCCCUGGAGCCGCCGCCGCCCUGGGGGAAGUCCAGGUUAAGAAACGCACCUCGGGCGGAGACCCUGGUGAAGGGCUGCAGCCAGCUGAGCGCAGGGAGAGAGCGCACCGUCUAAGAGAGCCACCUGACGCCAAGCACACAGGCCACCACCCUUCACUUCGUGCAGAGCCGCCGAGCCCUGUGUCUAGGUCGUUUGGGAGACGCCUUGGAGAGUCAAGAAUAAAAUUGCAGGUCAAACAAUGGAUGACUGGAAAAGUCGGCUUGUAAUCAAGAGCAUGCUUCCCCAUUUCACCAUGGUGGGAAAUCGUCAGGAGCCCAGAAAGCUCCAGGAAUCGAGAACCAUUAAGAGGAGACAGGAAGGAGACAACUUUCAGUUUCCAGGCAUGGCUGAUGGGGGUUACCCUAAUAAAAUUAAGAGGCCCUGCCUUGAAGAUGUCACCCUUGCUAUGGGCCCAGGUGCCCAUCCCAGUACCCCCUGUGCAGAGCUGCACGUUCCUCCAUUAACAAUGAAUCCUAGCCCUGCAGCUGUAGGAGUAAGUAACCAGUCAUUACUGCUGGAGAAUAAUCCCAUGAAUGGCAGCAUUAUGGACUCACCAUUUGUGGUGCCAUCAACUACAGAAAUGGGGCUGAAAGAGCCCACUGUUCCUUACUAUGAGAAAAUCAACAGCAUGCCGGUUGUAGAUCAAGAACUUCAAGAUCUGCUGGAGGAGCUAACCAAAAUUCAAGAACCUUCUCCAAAUGACCUGGAUCUGGAGAAGAUACUGGGAACCAAGCCAGAAGAGCCACUGGUCCUAGAUCAUCCCCAGACAACUCUAAGCACGGCUCCCAAGCCUUCAGUUCAGAUGCCUCACUUGGAAGGCCUUGGUUCCGGCAAGGAGUUUGCCUCUAGUUGCAGCCAAGUCACUGGUGUGUCACUUCAAACACACCCUCCCUCCUCUGCAGGGAUCAGCUAUUCGAUCCCUUCCACUAGUAAGCAGAUGGUCUCACCCAGUUCUUCAACAGCACAGGCCAAGAACCAGGUCCAGGCCAUGCUCCCUGGCACUUUGCCCCCACUUCCAGUGCCUCAGUGGCACCAUGCCCACCAGCUGAAGGUGCUGGCAGCCAACAAGCAGGGAUCUGCUACAAAGCAGAGAGGGCCCAGCCCCAGUUGGUCUGGCCUGCCUCCUCCAGGCCUCUCUCCACCUUACCGCCCGGUGCCAUCGCCACACCCGCCGCCACCACCUCCACCACCCCCACAGCCACAGCCAUUCAGCACUCAGAGUCUCAUGGUAUCCUGUAUGUCAUCCAGCAGCUUGUCAGGCAGCACUCUACGAGGCUCUCCCAACGCCCUGCUAUCGAGCAUGGCGCCCAGCAGCAGUGCGGCCCUGGGCCCCGCCAUGGCUUAUGCUCCCGAGAAACUCCCCAGCCCCACUCUCACGCGACAGCCACAGUUCAGCCCACAGAGCUCCAUUCUUGCCAACCUCGUGUCCUCUACCAUCAAAAACCCUCAAGGACACCUGAUGUCUGCUCUGCCCGCCAGCAACCCUGGGCCAUCGCCACCCUAUUGCCCGGAGAAGCUGUCGAGCCCAGGCUUGCCACAGCAGUCGUUCACCCCACAGUGCUCGCUGGUGCGGAGUGUCACCCCUACCAGCACCCUGCUUGGACAGCAGCAGCAGCAGCAGCAGCAGCAGCAACAGCAGCAGCACGCAAACAUGAUCUUUAAGCCCAUGACUACCAGUUCAUCCAAAACCCUGAGCAUGAUCAUGCAGCAGGGGCUGAUGGGCUCCAGCCCAGGGGCCCCGGAGACAUUUACUUUUAGCAACACCAAGCCCUUGUCCCAUUUUAUUUCUGAGCCAGGCCCCCAGAAGAUGCCCUCCCUGCCUGCCACCUCGAGGCAGCCUUCCCUGCUCCACUACCUGCAACAGCCCACACACACGCAGGCUUCUUCUGCCACCGUCUCCUCCACCGCCACCGCCACCCUGCAGCCGCCGCAGCAGGCUGACCAUUCUUCGUUCCUCCUGCAGCAGAUGAUGCAGCCCCCGCGCUUUCAGCGGCCAGGGGCCUCCGAUGCCAUGAGCACCCUGCCCAGACAGGGCUGUUGCCAUCUGUUUGCAUGGACUUCUGCAGCUAGCUCGGUGGAGCGCCGGCAUCCGCACUGGAACUCUUUCACUAGCAGGCAAGAUGCUCACCCCGGAGACAUGGCGCCAGCUACCAUUACUCAUGUAGACAAAGCCUGCAAGCUUGGGGAAGCCAGGCCCCCCCAGGUCAGCCUCGGGCGACAGCCCCCAUCCUGCCAGGCCCUGGGGAGUGAGUCCUUCCUGCCCAGCAGCUCCUUUGCUCAUGAGCUGGCCCGAGUCACCUCCUCGUACAGCACCUCAGAGGCAGCGCCCUGGGGCAGCUGGGAUCCGAAGGCCUGGAGGCAGGUGCCUGCUCCACUACUGCCUAGCUGCGACGCUGCAGCAAGAGAAGCAGAGAUCAGGUCUUAUGGCAAUGACCCCUGAACAGCGGAGUGCAUAUAUCGCCCAACAGAUGAGUCAAUUUCAAGCCGUCCAAGAACAAGUCACCUCCAAGUGUAGCCGGACCAAGGCAGCCCCCCCAUCCAGCCAGCACAUGAUGCCACCAAAAACUGGACACCUUCAGAACAAUCUAAGUCCAGGAAUGAUGCCACCAGGCAGGGACCAGAGCCGUCAGGACGUGGGCGUGAUUUCACCCACUCCGGGGAAGCAGCACAGAACUUUAAGCCCCAGUACUCAGUCUCCCGUGCCCUCCCGUUUUGGCCAGAACCCCCUGGGAAGACUCGGCUCUGUCUGCCAGCAUAUGCAGAGUCCCAAGACCAACCCCACAGGAGUGCCCCUGCCUGGGUCCUGUCCCAGCUUCCCAGGCAGCCAGGCCCUGAGUCCCCACCAGCUCAGACAGCCCAGUAUGCCAAGAAUGCCCACUGUGUUCAACAAUGC